AUGAAGGAGUAUUUGAGAGCAUUUGAGGAAUCAAAACACUCCAAACAACGAGAAUUCGAUGAUAUGGUAGAUGGUGGAGCCUAUUUUGGUGUUGAUAUGUCCAAAGAUUCGUUCCUAGCCGGCGUCGAGAGAGGUAGCAGAGGGUCUAUGGAUCAAUUUCUUACUAAUGAGUUAGAAGAUGGCAAAGUAGUUCCUCCAAGUGCAACGGCUAAAGAGCAUCGUAGUCGAGUUUGUCUAGAUAUUGGGAGGUUCUUCUUUGAGAACGCAAUCCCAUUUAAUUGCAUUAGAAGUUCAUCGUUCGUUAGUAUGAUGCGCUCAAUUGGGGGUUACGGUCGAGGGUUGAAGCCUCCAUCAAUGCAUGAGAUGAGAACUUGGAUCCUCAAAGAUGAGAUCAAAGCAACUUGGAAGCACACGGGAGUUUCAUUGUUAUCGGAUGGUUGGUCAGACAUGAGAAACAGAAGUCUGAUCAAUUUUCUCGUUAACAAUCAAUAUGGAACAGUGUAUUUGAAAACUGUGGAUGAAAGUGAUGUUGUGAAAAAUGCCCAGAAGUUGUUUGAGUUACUUGAUGAAGUUGUUGAAGAAAUCGAAGAGGGGCAUGUUGUGCAGGUGAUAACAGAUAAUGCAGUCGCAUACAAAGCAGUCGGGCGUUUGUUAAUGGAGAAGAGGACUAGCUUAUAUUGGACUUCGUAUGCAGCUCAUUGCAUUGAUCUAAUUAUUGAAAAGAUUGGCGAACUCCCACAGCACAAGAAUGCUUUACUUAAAGCAAAGAGGGUAACUAAUUACAUCCACAACCAUCAGUGGAUUUUGAGCUUAACAAGAAAGUUUGCUAAGAAAGAUCUUCUUCGACCAGCUGCCACCCGAUUCGCGACUACCUAUCUUACAUUGGAGAGCAUGUAUGAGUUGAAACAGCCACUGCAGCAGAUUGUGGCUUAUUCUAUUAAGACCACAAAGCCUCUUGUGGAUGUGUUGAGAGUGGUUGAUGGUGAGAGGGCGCCGGCGAUGGGAUAUAUCUACGCUACUAUGGAUGAGGCCAAAGAAAAGAUAGCCAAGAACUUGAAUGACAAAUUGAUUGGUGGGAACAUUUUGGAGAUGAAGUUCCCCAUCUCAAAGCAUUUGCAAAGAGAAUUCUUGGGCUUACUUGCUCGACCUCGGCUUGCGAACCAUAGACAUUCGAAGAGGCAAUUAAGAAAGGAGAAGGACGAUCCUUUGGUUGUUGAAGACAUAGCUUCCGGUGAUGAGUGGAUAGCCAAUCCAAAUGACGAAGAUGAUAUUGAUGUCGAUGAUGCUAACUCCGAUGAUAUUGAAUCAGAUCAUAUGGAUGAGGGGACAAGAAAAGAAAAAGAGGUUGAACAUAGACUUGUGGAUGAGGACCUGGAUGAGGAUGGAAGUGGAGGAGAUGAUGAUAAUUAA